CAAGAGUCGAUCUGGAGGCUCUCUUUAUGCUUGCCGGUGUUGGGCUGCAGGGAUCCAUUCUUGCUUCCCAUGCCCUCUGCGUCGUCUUGUGCGGUUUUGUACGAUGGUUGGGGCUCAGUUAGCCUCCUGGGCCAACCUCGAAACAUGUAGGUAUUCGUACUUAAUCGUAAUACACCCACCAUCUCUUUUUGCUGUAAGUUUAUAUUUCUUGCUUUCGUUUUUCGUUAUAUUCUCAUUCAUUCUAUCGUCAUAGACUAUUAGACCAGUUUUCUUCCUUUCCUAGCAACACAUAUUACAUAAACAGGACAGUAUGAUUCCUUCGUUAUGUACAUUCUUAACUGCCGCCGCUGCCCUGUCAGCAACGGCUCAUGCACUCCCACAAGAAGGUAGUGGGUUUGGGUUUGGAUCUUCAUCCUCCUCGACAAGUUCUUCCUUCGCAGUAGCAAGCUCUAGUUCGACAGCAACCGCUUCAGCUUCAGCUUCGACUUCGACGACGGCCUGCAAUAACUCCCCUGACCUAUGCAGCCGCAACUACAACAACAUAACCCACAUGGGUGCUCACGAUUCUGCGUUUCUCCGAGACUCAUCUACAAGUAACUCGGUAGCUGGAAAUCAAUAUUAUAACGCAACCGUCGCCCUAGAUGCGGGGAUCCGGUUGCUUCAGGCCCAAGUCCACGACCUGAACGGUGCUAUCGAACUAUGUCACACAUCCUGCAGUCUGCUCGACGCCGGGACGCUUCAGAGUUGGCUAACGGCCAUUAAAACCUGGAUGGAUAACAACCCGAACGAGGUAGUGACGCUCCUCCUCGUCAACUCCGAUAGCAAGACCGCAGAUGAAUUCGGAACCGUUUUCAGCGCCUCGGGCAUCGAUACGUACGGGUACGAGCACACGAGCACCACUUGGCCAACGCUGCAGGAGAUGAUCACCGCGAACACACGACUGGUGACCUUCAUCGCCUCCAUCACUACCAGCACGACGUACCCGUACCUGCUGAACGAAUUCGACCACAUCUUCGAGACGGCGUACGACGUGACCUCGCUCUCGGGCUUCAACUGCACGCUGGACCGGCCGACGACGCAGAGCUCGGCCAGCGCCGCCAUCUCGGCGGGCCUGAUGCCGCUGAUGAACCACUUCGCGUACGACCUGCUGGCAGCGUCGAUCGAGAUCCCGGACGUCGACGACAUCGCCACCACCAACAGCCCCUCGACCGCGACCACCGGCAACCUGGGCCUGCACGCCCAGAACUGCAAGAGCGACUGGGGCCAGAUCCCCAGCUUCGUGCUCGUCGACUUCUUCAACGAGGGCCCUGCUGUCACUACUGCUGACAACAUGAACGGUAUCACCGCCGUCGGCCGCUCCACUAAGGCCGAGACCUCGACCACCGUCACGACGGCCGCGGCGGGCAGGACCGGUGGCAGCGGCUUGGGCAUGGGCGCCGGUGCGCUGGUUGCGUUUGUUGCGGCUACGCUGGUGCUUGUCUAGACACCGUUACCUACACAUUACUACAUAUUUCCAACAAAUUUCCAACAUCAUCAUAAGAGAAGAAGGAAAAACAAAAAAGGCGGGCGCGGCUUUACUAUGUCUCGGUUGGGUCGGUUCGGUUUUGCAUUUGCAUAGCGAUGGCGUUUUUAUUUUAAAACCGCAUAUUUACCUAUAUAUUUCGUAUUGUUUUAGCGUGUCGUUCAUUCUCUAGACAGGAGGGGGCUUAGGGCUAGCAUCUAGGAUAAAAGGAAUAUUCUUUGGGCCGGCGAGCGAGUUGUAAGGAGAGAAAUAGAGAAUGCUAAAUCGGCAU